AUGGCGCAGCUGCAGGCGGUUAUGCUUCAGCAGUUGUCCAACGAAAAAGACCGUUCAGGUGAAAAGAGUCCGGAGACAGUGAAACCUGGAGUGUCAACACUUCCACUACUUCCCCAAGUUUCGUCCUCUACGGCUUCUGUGGACGUUAUGGACUGGCUGGAGUUGAUUGCAGCUCCAAUGUCUGACUUGAGUGACGGCUCGGGUGAAUGGUGGACCCUGGUGAAGAAGGAAGCGUCUAAGGCGUACCAGCUUUGGACAAAUGCGAGUCCCAUUGAGAAGCUGAGGAUUAUGCCACCACAAGUCGCGGAGCUAGAGACGGGGCGUUGGAGCAGGGUUAACUCGAGGGCGUCCUCGAUGAUUCUACUUGCCCUUCACGAUUCAGUUCGUCAAGAGAUGGUUUCAAGACGUUCCACCGGCUCGGCUACUGCGCUGCUAUUCCGUCUCCUUACGAUCUACCAACCGGGAGGGCAGCAGGAGAAAGUCACUAUACUCCAGAAUCUUCAACAACCGGGAGAGGAAAAAGAUCCUCACCAGGCAGUGGCGGCGCUGAGGGCUUGGGCGAGGUGGCUUCGUCGAUGCCGAGACCUUGGGGUCUCGGCUCCAGAUCCGAGUCUCCUGGCAAGAGGACUGACGAGUAUGACCCGGUCAGUGCUUGAGCGAGACCAAGAAGUAAGCUUUCGUACAAGCCUGGUUCGAAGCAACUUGCUGGUGGAUACGAAGCCGUCCUACGACUCAGUGGAUCAGUACUACCACCACCUUUUGGCCGAAUGUGAAGCCAUGGCUGUGAGCUCCCAGACUUCAGGUACUACGAGCACAAGCACUCCAAACAAGCCGGAUCCGAAGAUCAAGCCAAUGAAGCCGGAGCCAAAAGGAGGGCCACCACAGCCACCACCUGCACCUCCUUCGACGUCAAGGACUACUACAGGCGGUCAGGGCGGUGAAGAAGAAGUGGACAAAAGGGGCCAGGUUCCUUGUCGCUACUUCGGGAAGUCCUUCAAGGGUUGCGCCCGUGGAACUAAGUGCCCAUUCAAACACUCUUGGGAAGGCAAUGAGAAAGAGAAGGCUGUGCGUUGCCACCUUUGUGGAGGCAAGCAUAUGGCUAAGGAGUGCCCGACAAAGAAGCCGAGCACGCCCUCCUCUACCUCUUCUGCGACACCGGCGGGUACACCCAAGGCAGCUCCGAGCAAGGCACCGCCUCCAACAACAACCCCACCGUCGACCUCAACGAAGACCGUCCGAAUUGAUGAACGGGCCCAGGUUCAAGAAGCUCCUUCGUCCUCUACAUCGACCACUCACGAGACGGUCCCGGACCUAAAGGAAGUCUUGGCAGACGUUGGAAAAAUGCUGAAGGUGAUGACAGCGUCUUCUUUGCGAAAGUUCACCGUGAAGGAUAUGGAAAGUACCCAUGGUGCUAGCAUAAGGAGCCUCACAGCUGCUGAGGAAGGCAACGGUCCUGAACCCGCGGGCUCAACAAUGGCUACCGGUUCGGGAACUACACGGAGUUCUCAGUCUGAGGAGUCUGAGGUGGAGGAACAAAGUGAAGGCGAAGAUGAAGGACCCCGAGGAAUUUUGGACAGUGGCGCAAGCCAUGCCCUUAAGCAGGCAACCCAGGAGGAGUACGAUAAGGGAGUCCCAGUGAAAGUUACGCUUGCGGGCGAAGAUACCAGAGUCCUACGUCAGAAUGUUUGCGGCACUGUUCUGGUCACCAACGACGGCAACGAACGCAUCCAACCAAUUGUGCCAAUGGGAGCGCUGAUUGAGGACCUUGGUUGCAGCCUGCAAUGGAAUCGAGGAAGGCUAAAGCUCAGGCAUCCGACGAAGGGCUUCAUCAAAAUCUACCUCAACAACAACUGUCCUGAAGUGAACUUCAAGGAAGCCCACAAACUCAUAACAGAGUUGGAGAAGAAACACUUGGCCCAGCUCAGCUCGCAGGUGAACUCUUUGACUGCGAGACUUGAAGUGCUUCGAAAAGAAGAGAAGAGGACGUGGGAUGAGUUGAUGAAGGAUUAUGUGAAGACUGGAUGCCAGGCCACUAUUUUGCGAGCCCUUCUUCUAUGUCCUGUGACAAAGGAUCUCCCAAGUGAGGUGCAUGCAAUGCUUGCCGAAGGCUUUGAUCCGGACGGCGGUGAACGAUACCUAAAGGACCUCCCAUUGUCAAAGAGGAGGAGGCGUGCGUUGAUGAGGUCGAGUUCGUGGGUUAUUCACCUUCAUGCUGGAGACGGUGAUGGAGAAAAAGGGCCUUUCAAUGUGAUCUCCAGAGGUGGAAAGAUGGUUCUUGAGAUUGACGCAAAGGCUUCAAAGCAAUGGGACUUGCACCGCAAAGAAGGAGCUUAUCGAAUGUUGCUAUGGGCAGCGGCACAAGGGAAGAUCACAGAUGUAAUUGGUACGACCUGGAUCCUAUCCGAUGAGGACUACAACGAUCCUGAGAAGUUGAGGGCGGACCAACCGGUGCAAGCAUCCUUUUGGUCAACUGAGAUGUGGAAAUCCUUCAAGUCUGUCAGCGGAAUGAAAAGGAUCGACUUCUACAUGGGAGCCUACGGACACAAGGCAAAGAGGCCAACUACCGCAGCUACGAACUACCCGGGGAUGCUCCAUAUGAACAACAACUGGGACUUUUCAAGUAUAUGUGUGCCGUCAUCACUCUUGAAGUACGAUGAAAUGAUCAAAUGGUCAAGGGAGUUCAAGGAAAUCCUCGCGCAGAACAUCCUGGGCUGCUAUGAUGAGGCUGCCAUGUCUGAGGAGGAGAUCAAGGAUGAGGAAGCCACUGGUUACCAGCACAAGCGGAGGAAGUUUCCAGGGAUGUACGCGGUGGCAAUGGACCUGGCUGGACCUUUCAAAAAGAAAGGACGUGACAUGGACUUCGAUGACUACAAGUACAUUAUGGUUGCUGCUUAUCGCUGCCCUCGUCAGUACUUGAGUUCCAUGGCUUUGACAGAGCUUGAGCGUGAGCUAUAUGUUCCUUCUGAAGACGAGGAAGUCCCUGAAGGUGAAGAUCUUUUGGUGUUGGGGGAAGAUGAUGAGAAGGACCUGGAGGGCGAGGAGUCGUCAACCGAGGAGGCCGAAAAAUUGGAAAGUGAGGUCGAAGAGCUCACUAAGAAAGUGGAUUACGCCACGAUCUAUGUGACGCGCUGUUUGAGGCAUACGAAAACAGCUGGAGGCGACCCGGCAGGGAACAGCACGGCGGAGCUGGGUGUGAAGUGGGCGAAGGCUCGUGUGCGAAGUCUACUUCGAAGCGCAGGUGCACCACCAGAAGAUUGGCCUAUGGCAAUGGAUCACGCAGCGAGUAGCCUGUGGUCAAAAGCUUUUCCGUCAAGCUCAUGGACAAACCCUCCAGCAGUUGCUUUUGGCACAGAAGUGUGGUUUCGGGCAAAGGCCUACAAAGGGAAGAAGGAGAAGAAGUAUGACCCCGACGGCGUUCGAUGGAAAAAGGGGCUCUACCGUGGCCCAUCAAGGGAAGUCAGCCGAGGCCAUCUAAUUCAACGUGAAGAUGGAGGACUUGUGGUUGCGAAGGGAGUGAAGUUCAAUUUGGUGGAACCGGAACGGGACCUGCAAGAUCUUCUUCCACAUGCUACUGUACAAGGAGAAGUUGAAGGUCUACUUGAUUAUGAUCUGCCUCCUUCCAAAAGGCAACUACGGGAAGAAAUUGAGUUUGUCUCCAGGAAAGCGAUGUCCGAGAACAACUACACUACGGAGCAGGUUGUCGAGAUCUACAACCUACUUGAGGAGCUUGGAGACGUUGAUUUCCGAGCGUCAAAGAAGACUUCUAUGACGACAUGGUUCACCGGGGCAUUCGUGCAUGGUGGCAAGGCAGGCGUCCGUUCCAAUUUGAAGGAGUACCCAAUGACAACAAAGUUCCUCACGACCUUUGCGAAGAAGUUCAGUGGUGAAAAAACAUUCAGCGCUUUGGGAAUUACUCGGAACACAACCUUGGGAAUCCAUCGUGACUCCCACAGUUCGAGGGAGACAUCAAAUAUGGUGUUGCCGUUGACUGAGUUUGUGGGAGGGAACCUGUGGAUUCAAGACGGUGAUGCUGAUCCUUCAGUCGCAAUCGAGAAGGAACUUCCGAAUGGGAAACAGGUGCUGGGACGUGUGCUGAACCUGGAAAAGAAUAAGCUUGUGGAGUUCUCCCCCAGUCAAUGGCAUGAAGUUCAACCAUGGGAUGGAGAUCGGGUUGUGAUGUUGCUAUAUACCCCAAGGACUUCCAAGCUCCAGGACGAGCAUUAUGAAGAGCUCCAAAAGGCCGGGUUUGUGAUCGACAAGGCCAGUGCAAGCACUAAUGAUCCCACGGAAGAUGAAGAGGAUGGCGAGGCAAUGAUUAAGCGCUUUGAGGUUAAUGAAGUCAUUGAGAUGAUCCAGGCCUUUAUUGAAGUUGAUGAGUUGGACUUCCUUGACUUUAACUCGAGGACCCGUGAACGCGCUUUACCGCGAACGACCAUGAAGAAAACCGAGGUACAGUGCACCCCCAACAUUGAAGAGAUUCUACAUGACUUGGAGGUGAGCGGCAAGCCUUUGGAAGUUACUCACACAAUUAGUUUGGGUGACGUGAAGAAGAACAUCUCCAAGUGGUAUGAUUCUGCAGUGAAGGAGUUCACGUUCCAACUGGCUCACCGGUACGACAUAAGACAGGCCUUCGUCUUGGCUCCUUGGCUGGGGGCUUCGGUUGCAUUGCAACCACCAAACAUAGCCUUUGAGCUAGGCUUAGCAGAGCCUGGAGACAUGUGGGAAGUUCUGAUGUCAAUAUACGGCCUCAGGGAGGCCCCAGCUCUAUGGUCUGGAUUUCGAGAUCAGGAGCUACGGGCUGCACAAUGGGAGGCAACGAUUGACGGGAACAUCAAGCGCCUCAGGCUUCAACAGCUGGCUUCAGACAACCAAGUUUGGAAAGUUGUUGAUAUGAACGAUCCAGACAAGGCUCUUGGGUAUGUGAUGGUGUAUAUCGAUGACCUCUUGAUUACGGGACCCUCAGAGAUCCUCCACUCCUUCUUUGCAUGGGUUUCAGCAAGAUGGGAAUGCGACGAGCUAAACAUCCUGAAGGAGGAGAAUCCCAUUCGGUUUUUGGGUUUGGAAAUCCAUAAGGUUCCAGGAGGAGUCGAAGUUGCGCAACAUGGCUUCAUCACCGAGCUACUCAGAGCAUAUAACCACAAAGGGUCGAGGUCGUGGUCUCAAGGUUCAAGAGAUUUGAUGGUGUUGACGCCGGAAGAAGAAGAGGCAAUCCUCAAUGCAGAGCCUGUGAACCUAGAGGGACGUGAAGCAGAAGUUAAGCAGGCACAGAAGCGAGUUGGAGAACUUCUCUGGCUUACUGGACGUUCGCGCCCGGAUCUACAGUAUAUAACUUCGAUUAUGUCCUCAAGAAUUACAAGGGCUCCAGAGAUUGUGAAUGAGUUGGGGAACCGUUUGCUCGACUACUUGUACGAGACACAGUACUACCGCUUGAAGUUCGUAAAGAUCGAUGACAGCGAGCAGAGGCAGCAGCUCAUCACUCUUAGCACGGCUGAGAGUGAAAUGAUUGAGGCUGUGGACGGAGAAACCCAACGAGCGGACAUUGGGACAAAGGCACUUCCCAAGGACAGAUUGAAGAAGCUGGUUGAUUUGUGGGGCUUGGCAGACAGACGUCCUCCUCGUGUUUGUGGAACGGUGGCAGCUUCGGAAAGCAUUGAAACUGGGAUUGCUUGGGAUCUCUACUUGGUUGUUGCGGUGCUUGCAAUCGCUGUCAUUGGCUUGUGGGAAGGCUUUAAGUUUUGCUGGAAACGCAAAGAGGCUCAGCUCCGAGCGCUGAGAGCGAAAGCAAACAAGGCUUCUCCACAGAAGUUGACCAAGACAGAGCUCAAGGAGCUACAGAGGAUAUUAGCCCUCGAUCCAGAAGAUCUUACCAGAGAUCAGCGAGUCAGACUCGUUGAAUUGAGAUGUGCUUGCGUCUUCAUCCUCUACUGGUCGUAA